AUUUGCAGCGUGGUGCCAGGCCCCAGGCACGGAAGAGGGGGAGAGCCAGGCCAGCGGACGUGUGAGCGGAGCUCCCGGCUGGAAUGCACCAGCUCAGCAAGGGAUUGUCCUCGCCAGGCCGGACGGGUGCUGCGCCCGGAGCCUGGUGGCCGUGACAGCUGCCCGGACCAUGGCAGCCGCAGAGAGCCCCUCUGCUGCCCUCCGGCGCCGCGACCUCUGCAGCCGCGGCAUCCGCCUGGCCGGCAAGAUGCGCGCAGAUGUCGUUGACCUCCUGGACGCCUACGUGGAGCAGCAGGGCUUGGACGCCUCGGCCAGCGUGGCAGCAGUGGAGGGGGUGCCGCUGGCGGCAGUGGAGCGCUGGGACGAGCAGACGGGCACUCAGCGGCUGCUGGAGAACCUGGCAGCCUACCGGGCCUUCCGCGCCCUGCUGGCCCAGAUGCUGGAGGAGCAGCGGGAGCAGCUGGGCGAGGCGGACGCGGGCCUGGGCCGGGCGCUGGCGGCCGUCCUGCUCCAGGUCUCGGCCUUUGCCUACCACCUCGAGGAGCUGCUGCGGCUGGAGAGCCGCGGGAUCCCCGGCGAGGAGGGGGACGGGCCGCCGCCCCCGCCGCGCCUCAGCCUCUUCGAGCAGAAGCUGCGGGGCCUGGGCGUGCUGCGGGAGCUGGCCCAGUGGGCCGUGAGGUCCGUGCGGGACCUGAGACAGCUCGCCAAGCCCAGCCCGGCCACCGGCACGGCCCCUGGCCUGGCCGAGAGCCCCUGAAGGCGGGCACGGGGUGGGGGGGUCUUGGGUGCCGCUGGGGC